UGAGUCCAGCUGUGUUAGCUGGAGAUUGUCCAGACUGCAGCGGCGCCUCACUGCACACACGCACACCCACACACACACACACACAGUCUCUUCUUCUUGUCUUUGAGCUCCAGACUUUUCCUGAACUUUUCCUUUCACUCAACGGACCCAGCAUGCAGCUUCGGACCAUCACCGCGGUCAGCGUGGUGGACGUUAAGAAGAUCAGGAACCCCUUCAAACAUUAUGUGUUCAUUAUCUCAGUCUCAUACUCUGACUCCAGCUCUCAGCUGCUCUACAGGAGAUACAGCCACUUCUUCAACCUGCAGAUGAAGCUGCUGGAUUUGUUUCCAGAGGAGGGGGGGCAGAGAGAUCCCAAACUCAGAAUCAUCCCGUUUCUACCAGGUAAAGUCCUCUUUGGCCGUAGUCAGAUCAGGGAUGUAGCUGUGAGGAGACUCAAACACCUGGACAAUUAUUGCCAGGCUCUGUUGAGGUUGCCUCCUCAUAUCUCUCAGAGUGAGGAGGUGCUGAAGUUCUUUGAGCCCAAACCUGAAGACCUGCUCGAGCCUCAGACACAGAGCCCCACUAAACAUGCACCAGGGGCAGAGAGCCGGGAGGCCAUGAGCGGAGAGGAGUUUGUCUGUGUGUUUGUGGUGGCAGCAGAUUAUCAGCGUCAGGAGAACACCGAGAUCAGUCUCCGAGCCGGAGAGAGAGUGGAGGUGAUCGAGAAAAACGACACAGGUUGGUGGUUUGUGAGUACGGCAGAGGAACAAGGCUGGUUUCCAUCCACUUACCUCGUCUCUCCAGCAGAACAGCGAAAUGAUCACAGAACACCAAAAGGAGAUAGUCACUAUGUUACAGUCCAGGCCUACAGCAGUCCAGGUCAAGAUGAGUUGGGUUUUGAGUGUGGGGUCAGAGUAGAGGUUGUCCAGAAGAACCUGGAGGGCUGGUGGUUCAUACGGUACGAGGGGAAGGAAGGUUGGGCUCCUGCUUCCUACCUGAGGAAGGUGCAGGACGACUGCCCCCCCACCGACCACACCGUCUCCACGGAAUCCAGCCGAGAGUCCACCAUUGGCCAAGUGGAGAUCAUUGGAAACCUGAUGGAGAUCAGCAACCUGCUGAACAGGAAGCCAGCCAACAGCGACACACACACUCACAGCAACGCAAGCGACACGUACACACACUCGGAGCGCGACACGGACAGCGACUCACACUUCAGCGUAAAAUCUGACACUGCGAGUAGCACACACACUACUGCAGACAACACACACACUGACAGUUACACAGACAGUUACACACAUGCUGAUGACAUCACAGCCGGAGUGGAGCUCACAGGCACGCACACACACUCACACUCGCACACUGACUCCAGCUCAGAUACACACACACAUUCCACCAGUGCGGAAAUGAUGGUGACAGACUCAUCCGGAGCAUGUGUGGCAGCCUCGGAUGUGAGCGUGUGUGUGUCUUUUUCAGAGUUGAGUGUGUGUUCCACCGUACAGAGGACACACACCCCCGCCGUCGCCCGCGUCACCCCUCAGAGAUACCACAGCGUGGAGAAUGGAUCUCCAUCUUACAGAGAGAAACCUGCCCCCCGCCGAGAAAACAGUCUGGGCUUUCAGCUGCCGCAGCCUCCAGAUCCCCCUAGUGUUGAUGCAGAGUAUUACACCAUCGCUGAGUUCCACUCCUGUCUGGGUGACGGCAUCAGCUUCAGUGGAGGAGAGAGAGCAGAGGUCAUCAAGAAGAACUCAGGAGGUUGGUGGUAUGUGCAGAUUGGGGAUAAAGAAGGCUGGGCUCCAUGCUCAUACAUCGACAAGCGUAAGAAGCCAAGCCUAAACCGGAAGACCAGCACUCUCACACGACCCAAAGUCCCACCCCCGGCCCCACCAAUCAAAAAGCAGACCUCACUGCCCUGCAUGGAGUCAGAGGUCACAACCCUUGAUAAGAGCCGAGUGUAUGAAGAACCCGAGUACGACGUUCCGGCAGUGAGUUUGGAACCUCAGCUCGAGUUCCUCCCCUCAGAUGUUAAAGCUCCACGCAGUGCCCCCUACUGGCUGGGAGAGGACAUGCAGGAGCAGACUGGAGAAGAGCAGUGUGUGUACGAUGGAGUCACAGCUGGAAUCACAGAGAGCCUGGAAACGAGACACUCACAUUCACACUCAUCCAGCAGGGGGCGCCAGAGGCCAAUCUGGGAUCCUCCUGAAUAUGACGCCCCUACAAUCGAGUUCAAUGCCUUGUCCAUAUCUCAAGAACCGGAGGAAGGGUCCAAACCCAAGCCAAGCGUGCGGCCCAAACCCUCAAACCCGGACUUCAGCUCCCUCAGACAAAGCCUGAAACCUACAAACCAGCAGAACCACAAUCAAUGGAGAACCUCGCAAACCUCAGCAGGGUCCGAGACCGACUCCGCCUCCUCACUGGAUGACUCUUUGACCUUCAAGCUGUCAGUCAGUGCAGAAGCUGAGGUCACGCCUCCCUGGAUGUCCAUCAGCACAGAGGGUGAGGUCAUGCCUCCUCGGAUGUCUGUCAGUGCAAAGACAGAGGUCACGCCCCCCCGUCCAUCUGUCAGCAACCAGGCUGAGGUUGCAGCCCUCCAGCUGUAUCGUACUACUGCAGAGUUCCAGCAGGGGGCACCGGGCGAGCUGAGCCUGCCAGCUGGGGUGCUGGUGGAGGUGCUAGAGAAGCAGCAGAGCGGCUGGUGGUUUGUCCGCUGGGGGGCGCAAGAGGGCUGGGUGCCCACUUAUUUCCUCAAGCCCAUCACACAUACUUAUGUUUCAGAGACCUCAAACAGUGUGAAGAACGAGGAGGGUGGGCAGAAAGUGACCGGAUCAAACAACAGAGGGGUCAGUGGGGUCAGCGGGGCCAGCAGGGUUACAGUGAGGCCCCAGGAUGAAAACAGUAAUGCUGGCGUUACUAAAGACUGCACUGCCAUUAUUAAGGAUAACGCUAGUGUUACUAAUGACUACGCCAGUGUUACCAAGGACAAAAAUGGUGUUGCUAAUGAGAAUACUGGCCCUCGCUGGAAGAAUGAGACCCGCCGUGAUCUAACCAGCUCUGGACGGUCAAUCCCUGUGUCCAUGGUGAAGCCCAAACCACAAAUCAUCCACAACAACCUGCGUGAGGAGUACGUCUCCGUGGCCAAUUACCAUGGCGAUGCAGAGUCCAUGGGGUUCCCAGCAGGAACGAGGCUGGAGGUUCUGGAGAAGAACACCAAUGGGUGGUGGUACUGCCGCACCAUUGACUCCACAAACACACGCCGGGGCUGGGUGCCCUCCAACUUCCUGGAAAAGAGGAAAUAGAUGGUGGAGAAAAACAAAGUACAGCCCUCUGUCUCAAACUGAGAAACACCAGACGAGUUAGUGAGAGAUCACAAUGAGAAAUGCGGCAGGAUGUAUUGUGCAGGCGGCCAUGUGCAAUGAAAGGGGCUGAGCCAUUAAAUAUCUUUGUCCCAAAUUGGAUUAAUUUCUAUGUGACAUCAUUUUAAAUAUGCAAGUAACAACUUCAAAUGUUAUAAUAGUAUAUGGUCAUGUUAGGUCAUAGCUAACCUUAGCUAGCAAAUGUUUGCUAACUGCUUAUCUUGGUGCGGUUCAGUGACCUGUGGUAUCAUGCUGUCAUUCUGACAGACUGUAAUACACUACAGGAAG